AUGGACCAUGGAGACCGAGGGUUAGGCAUCUCUCACCUUCGCUAUGAGGAGGAGGAGGACCAUCAGUCCAUCUACAUCGGGGUCCCGGUGCCCCGGGGGUAUAGACGUAAGCGCCGGCGAAGACGCUCGAGUCGUGACGCGUCUGAUUUGGACAGAGACAGACGCUACAGCCACCACAGACACCAUGAAGCCGAGCGCUACCGAGAGGUAGACAUGGAGGAAGGCCUUGUGGACCCUCAAGACCAAAACAUCCCAGACAUCAACCGUACAAUGUCUCCUGCAGCGGAGCGGCUACGCUACAUCCUUGGUGAAGAGGACGACAUGCCGACCCCGACGCUCUUCACCGAGAUGGACACACUGCAGCAUGAGGGAGACGAGCUGGAAUGGAAGGAGUCUGCCAGAUGGGUGAAGUUUGAGGAGAAGGUUGAGGAGGGAGGAGAGAGAUGGAGCAAGCCCCAUGUAUCCACCCUGUCCCUGCACAGUCUAUUUGAGCUGAGGACGUGUCUCCAGACAGGCACAGUGCUACUGGACCUGGAAGGAUAUUCGCUGCCACAGAUCGUUGAUGACAUCAUUGAGAGGCAGAUAGAGGAGGGCAUGAUAUCUCCUGACCUGAGAGAAAAGAUCAGCUUUGUGCUGCUUAGGAAACACAGACAUCAGACCAAGAAGCCCAUCCAUCGCUCACUAGCUGACAUGGGCAAGUCCAGCUCCUCUGCCACUCGGAGCCCACAGUCCCGAGGUGGUGCCGGGGCGGGGGCAAACUUUAACCGCUCCACUGAGGACCUACGCAUGAAACAGCAGACUGCUAGCUACGGCCGCCUGCGUCAUGCCCAGAGUAGGAGUAUGAAUGACAUUGCAGACACUCCCAGCACAGACCAGCUUAAGAAUAAAUUCAUGAAAAAGAUACCAAGAGAUGCAGAGGCAUCCAAUGUGCUGGUGGGCGAAGUGGACUUUCUCAGUAAACCCUUUGUAGCUUUUGUCCGGCUGGCCCAAGCCACAACACUGGGAGGCCUGACUGAGGUCCCAGUUCCCACCAGAUUCCUCUUUGUUCUCCUGGGUCCCCAAGGAAAAGCCAAGUCAUACAAUGAGAUCGGCAGAGCCAUAGCAACCUUAAUGGUGGAUGAUCUCUUCAGUGAUGUGGCUUACAAAGCCAGGGAUCGGGAGGACCUCAUAGCAGGGAUAGAUGAGUUUCUGGAUGAGGUGAUUGUGCUCCCACCAGGGGAAUGGGAUCCCAAAAUCCGCAUUGAGCCACCCAAGAAAGUCCCAUCUGCUGACAAAAGGAAGUCGGUGUUUUCUCUAAACGAGUUGGGGCAAAUGAACGGCACAGUCGGUGGAGGUGGGGGCUUGGUGGAGGAUGAGCAGAUGCCCAUGCCACAUGAGCUGGGAGAGGAGCUGGCGUUUACAGGACGCUUCUGUGGUGGUUUGUUCCUUGAUAUUAAGCGGAAGCUGCCAUGGCUGCCCAGUGAUUUCUACGAGGGUUUCCAUAUCCAGUCCAUCUCUGCAGUGCUCUUCAUCUACCUGGGCUGCAUCACCAAUGCCAUCACCUUCGGUGGCCUACUGGGGGACGCCACUGACAACUACCAGGGUGUAAUGGAGAGUUUCCUGGGCACGGCUCUGGCAGGGACGGUAUUCUGUUUGUUCAGCGGCCAGCCUCUCAUCAUCCUCAGCUCUACAGGACCCAUCCUCAUAUUUGAGAAGCUCCUCUUUGAAUUCAGCAAGAACAAUGACAUCGACUACAUGGAGCUGCGUCUGUGGAUUGGCAUCCACUCCUGCUUGCAGUGUUUCCUCCUUGUGGCCACCGACGCCAGCUACAUCAUCAAGUACAUGACACGCUUCACAGAGGAGGGCUUCUCCAGCCUCAUCUCCUUCAUCUUCAUCUCGGAUGCCAUCAAAAAAAUGGUUGGCUCCUUCAAGUACUACCCCAUCAAUACGGACUUCAAGCCCGACUAUGUUACUGCCUACAAGUGCGAGUGCCUGGCCCCAGACCCAGUUCCAUUGCCAGAUAAUAGCUCUAGUGUUUCUGGGUUAAAUAUGACAGCUCUGGACUGGAACCAGCUGAGCAAGAAGGAGUGUCUGAAGUACGGAGGUUCUCUCGUGGGCAAAACCUGCAAGUAUGUUCCCGACCUGGCCCUCAUGUCCUUCAUCCUCUUCUUUGGCACUUACUCAAUGACCGUCUCCCUCAAGAAGUUCAAGUUCAGCCGUUAUUUCCCCACAAAGCUGAGGAAACUCAUCAGUGACUUUUCUAUCUUCAUGUCCAUCAUGACGUUUGUGGGGCUGGACAUGUUGAUUGGUCUCAAAACCCCAAAACUAAUCGUCCCUACAGAAUUUAAGCCCACCCGGCCAGACCGCGGCUGGCUGGUAAUGCCCUUUGGAAAGAACCCCUGGUGGAUAUAUCUGGCCAGCUCUGUCCCUGCGCUCCUCGUCACCAUCCUCAUCUUCAUGGACCAGCAGAUCAGUGCUGUUAUUGUCAACCGCAAGGAGAACAAACUUAAGAAAGGCUGUGGCUACCACCUGGAUCUGUUCUGGGUGGGCGUUCUGAUGGCUGCCUGCUCCUUCAUGGGCCUGCCCUGGUAUGUGGCUGCCACCGUUAUCUCUAUCGCCCACAUCGAUUCUCUGAAGAUGGAGAGUGAGUCCAGUGCACCUGGAGAGCAGCCCCAGUUCCUUGGGGUCAGAGAACAAAGACUAACAGGCAUCCUGGUGUUCAUUCUCACUGGAGUUUCCAUUUUCCUCGCCCCUAUACUUCAGUUCAUCCCAAUGCCUGUGCUGUAUGGUGUCUUCCUCUACAUGGGUGUUGCCUCUCUCAGUGGAAUUCAGUUCUGGGACAGGAUUAAGUUAUACAUGAUGCCGUCAAAGCACCAGCCGGACUUCUCCUUCCUGAGACAUGUUCCCCUGCGGAGGGUGCACCUUUUUACAGUAGUGCAAAUCAUAUGUCUGGCUGUACUGUGGAUACUCAAGUCCACCUUCCUGGCCAUCAUUUUCCCUGUAAUGAUCCUUGGCCUGAUGGGCGUUCGUAAGAUGCUGGACAUGGUCUUCUCCCAACACGACCUGGCCUGGCUGGAUGACAUCCUGCCUGAGAAGGAAAAGAAGAAGGACGAUGACAAAAAGAAAGGAAAGGAUAAAAAGAAGUCUAAAACAGAGGACAGCGAAGAUGAGGACAAAUACCAUCCCUACUCCAACUGUUCGCCCAGCUCGGAGUCAGACGUGGACCGCAGUAUCACUCUGCACCUGAAGAUCUCCUGCCCAUCAUCUCCGGCCAUGCCAAUGGGCCAAGGGAUGGCGUGCCCAGUGCCCCAGGUGAAGAUCGAGAUGGAGUCGGACUACGACUCGGACAUCGACCACCCGCGGCUCAGAGACAUGAGCAGUGAGACUACGCUGUAG